CUUCUCCAACUCUUACUUUCUCUAUUUCUCUCUCUCUCUCUCUUACGUCUUUACUUGUUUUACACGCAUUCUCAACUCUCAACAUGCCAAUCUCUUCUUGCGCCAGCAAAAAACCACAGCGAUCUACUGGUUUAACUACGACAACACAAUCAGUUACUAAAAGUGCAAACAACAGUAAUACUACCAGUUCCAAUACUAGUUCAACAAGAACAAGUAGACAUUCGGUAUCCUCCACCUCGUCACUUGUCUCUUCACCUACCAACUCAAAUCCUCUCUCAGGCUUAAACUCUCCUACAGGUAUGCGCUCUCCCACGGGUUUACGUUCUCCUACUGGCUCACAAGGUAGUUCUGCAAAGAGAUUAUCCCUAUCACAACCUGGAGCAACAAGUGUAUCUGCACUCAAACAACGCUAUUCCUCAGUGACAUCAAAAGUGGGAUCUCUGGACAACAUCCACUUCAAACCAAAACAAACUGAAAACCGCAUAUUUAGUGAAAAGUUAUCCUACCGCGAACAAGCAAAACCUUUGAUUGAUGCUGGUGACAAGGAAAAAUCAAGCAAAAAAUCAAUCCCAUCUGAACCCAAAAAGAUCAUCAUCAAUCAUCCCAAACCACGUUACGCCUCAGUGAAAUCAAAAGUGGGAUCCAAGGAUAAUAUCCAUUACAAACCAAAAGAAACUGAAAAACAGAUAUUCAACGAAAAACUCACUUAUAGGGAACAAGCAAAACCUUUGAUUGAUGCUGGUGACAAGGAACAACGACGUAAGAAAUCAAUCCAAUCUGAAAAUAAAAAGACUAUCAUUAGCAAACCUAUUCCACAUUACGCCUCAGUGAAAUCAAGAGUAGGUUCCAAGGACAAUAUACAUUACAAACCAAAAGAAACUGAAAAACGUAUAUUCAGCGAAAAGUUAUCCUACCGUGAACAAGCAAAACCAUUGAUCGAUGCUGGAGACAAGAAACGGCGUUCAUCUGAUAGGAGUGGCACGACGAUCACUUCUCCUUCUCCUACGCCAUUAUCAUCAUCUACGACAACACCCAUCAAACCUGAAUCUCAACUUGCUCUUGAUAUCACCACACCUCCUCAAUCGCCACCAUCCAGCAGCAAAUCCGGUAAUGAAAAACAAUUGGAUUCCGUUGCAUCCACUAUAGUAGCUGUAGAAGACUUGAAGAUAUAGUUAGGAAUAGAUGGAAAUACAUAGUUACAAAUAUAUACAUAUACACAUUUUUAUUAUAUAAUUUCUUAUUAUUUCGUUUAGGUACAUCUUUGAUCUAUUGACAUCAUUUCCUUGUUUAUAUUUAUUUAUUUAUUUUUAUAUCUCCUUUCUCGCC